CACAGUUGUUCAGGCAGGUGAUCAGUGAUUUUUUUAGGAAUGGGAAUGAUGGUGGAGGAUUUCAUUCAGGAUGGGACUCUGGCCUGAGACAGGGACAGAUGUAAGAUCUUAGUAAAACAGAAAUAAACAAAAUCCCAAAACUCCAGAGUCCUGAAAGUCUGAUUUCUCUCCAGUUUUUUUUCCAGAUGUCUUUGGGUUGUGUGGUGAGAGUUUUUUUCCACACCAUUAAGUCCACCAGAUACCAAAAACCCACCAGAAAUCAAAACUUGACGAGGGAACAAUGGAAGACAUGGACACCGGAUUUUGUCAUCAGAACAUGUGCCAAAAUGGCCAAUACUGUACCCUGGGCAACCAAGAGAAAUGCAUUAGAUGCUAUGAAACCUCAACUGCAGAAAGUAAUGGUGGAAGACUUAGGGUUCCUGAUCAGUGCAGACCACAGAAGGUAGACAUGGACCUCCAAACUCCUCAAUCACAGAUGACUUAUCCUGUCACCAAAUCAGCAGGGAGUAAAGCCCAGAUGAAAGAUAAGUGGGAGAGGCAAACAUUGUGGAAACAGGGAGAGGCAGAGAGAUCUCCCUAUACACAGCAGACAAAUAGUGGUCGGGGGUUAAUGCCAGUAAAUGAGGAACAAUCACUGUUAAAAGACCAGGUGAGGACCAAUGUCCCCCAAGAACAAUAUAGAAAGAAAGGAAACAGAGAAAGUGCUAUGGCUGAACCGCAACAUCCUUAUCCACCUAAUGACACCCCCUCUCAAUUUCUGCCUCUGACAUGCAAUCCCAUGCAAGACAGUCAAGAUCCUGAAAGACCAAAUGAAACAGAUGAGAUGCUGAAUUCUGACUACACCAGCAAUGUCUAUUCCAAACCAGUUAGCUACUCUGCAGGCCAAGCUAUUUGUGCAGCCUGUGAAAACUCAGAAAAUGUAUAUACUGAUUUGUAUGAGAUCUAUUCAUUCUCUGACCAAGUUUAUGAAGAAAUCUGUGAUGUUCCAGGUUCACUUUUUCCAUCUUUUUCAAAUGAAAAACAGUCUCUAAAUCAGAGAAAAAUCAGCAUUCAGCAAUUGCAAAGUAAAGAGAGAGAUAGGCAUCACCAUCUGAAGGAGGCUGUUGGCUCAAGAUUGCGUCACUAUACCCAGCGCUCAGAUGGUGAGUCAGACAGCCCAGAAAAGGAUGCAGAGUUUGCCCAGUACCAAAGCACUGAUAGCUGUGAACUGGAUGAGGACAAUGAACAAUCUGUAACUGAGGUCAACCAAAGUCUAGGCCCUCCAAAUCUUGGAAGCAAAGGAAAAGCUAAAAAACUGUCCCUAAAAGAUCAUUCUGAACCUACAACUCAAAUCAGUUCAAACAAAAACUGCGAAGCCGCAAACCGGGAGGACUCAGUCACACACCAGGUUCUGAAUUGUUCUGUGACUGAGACUUUAUCAAUGAAGAAUAGCCAGGAGAAGGCAGAUGCUAUCUCUUUGGUCAUUAAGGACAUUAGGGAGGCUAUUGAAGAGGUGAAGACAAGAACUAUAAGAUCCCCUUAUACACCAGACGAACCAAAGGAACCAGUUUGGGUGAUGAGACAGGAUUUGAGUUCAAAUACAGAGUAUGAUUUCCAGCCAUGGCCUGGGGAUGAUGUAAGUACAAAGCUCUGAUUUACACCACACAUGAAACUUUAAAGUUAACACAGUUAACUUUAAGUCUAGGGUUCUUACACUCAGGGUAAAUCAAGUGACUAUCAUUUAAGAUGUGCGAGAAACAAUUGUAGGAAUACAAAGGAUUGCUUUACACAUUUGUUUCUCUUGGUGAAUUCCCACAUAACACAAAACAUCCAUAUUUCCUCAGGUUUUCGUUGAAAGCAAUGUUCCAGGAUUCAGUCAAUGUUCUGAUAGUGAGUAUCAGAACACUGACAUGUAUCCUCUCAUAGAUGAAUAAGUUUAAUGCAUUCCAUUCCAUUACACAAAGAUGUAGAACAGACAGGACACCAUCACCAUCAGUUUUCAGUUGUAAUCUUAACAGAACUAAAAUGUAAAUAAAAAGAAAUCACUCAAGUAAGAGUCAAAGCAUAAU